GUGAGAAAAGCUUCGCAUUUUGCGCCCGUUUCGCGCCGGUUUUAUUGCUACUGAACAGUAAUAUCCUUAACAUCCUUUGCCAAGCUGUUGAAGAUUUUCGUUGCAGUUUCACAAAAUGACCAAGUCUAAACAAACUAAAUCGUCCCGAGCUGGUCUCACCUUCAGCGUCGGGCGCGUUCAAUCAUAUUUGAAGAAGGGGAAAUAUGCCGAACGCAUUGGGGCCGGAUCUUCCGUUUACCUGACGGCGGUGCUGGAGUAUCUUGUGGCGGAAGUCCUCGAGUUAUCGGGGAACGCUGCCAGGGAUAACCGUAAAUCACGAAUCACACCGCGGCACAUUCAGCUUGCCGUUCGCAACGAUGAGGAACUGAGUAGCCUGAUGAAGGACAUCACCAUUUCCGAAGGAGGAGUGAUUCCCAAUAUUCAUUCCAUCCUUUUGCCUCCCAAAACCGGCGGUUCUUCCAAAAGUGCAACAGUUUCUCAUGUGCAAAGCCAGGAAUACUAGAUGUGCGAGCCAUACAUUAAGAGUGUAUUUCGAAGCGAAGAUUUAUGUUUACGGUUGAACCACACAGACCUCUUCGUUCUAUUUCAACAUGCCACAUUAGUUUUAGUCUGGAAGUUUCUUUUGUG